GUCUCACCACAUGGCGGUCGCUCGGGAUCUCAAGGGGUUCCUGUUUUCUGUUUAUAUCAGAACAGCUGUGCCCCAACCCAACGCAAAAUAGCGAAGGAGAAACGCUUCCCCUCCGCUUCCUCCUCCUCCUGCCUCUCUCUACGCGAUCUCUCUGGUGAUCUCGUCGGAGGCUCAAGAGCGAACCACCAGACGCGGCCGUGGCCGGCGGUGGAGCAGCGGAACCACUCGUAGCGGAGGAGGCGAGUGCCGGAUGCGGUGGCUGUUUCUGGCACGGGGCGAGUUGGAACGCUAGGGUGCCGGCGGACGGUUUGGUGCUGAACCGAGGUUUCUACGGAGGGUGGAGGGAGGUGGUUUAGAGGCGCCUGUGAGGACCAAUGUAUGUUGUCCCGCCUCCUCGGGGUCCGGAUCUCGCCGCCGCAGGCGCAGCGGGCGCGGAGGCCCCGAGAGUGUACCAGGUCUGGAAGGGGAGCAACAUAUUUUUUCUUCAAGGAAGGUUUAUAUUUGGUCCUGAUGGGAGAUCAUUGUUCCUCACCAUAUUCAUGAUUGUAGCGCCUGUAUCAAUCUUCUGUGCAUUGGUUGCUAAAAAACUAAUGGAUGAUUUUUCCACUACUCUAGGUUUACCGGUAAUGGUUGCAGCUAUUGUUUUCACCUUAUAUGAUUUAACACUUCUCCUUCUUGCCUCUGGUAGAGAUCCGGGUAUAGUACCUCGUAAUGCACAUCCUCCAGAACCCGAAAUCUUUGAGGGCAAUACUGAAAUUGGAGGUGUCCGAACUCCACAAUUACGCUUACCACGGACAAAGGAUGUAAAUGUGAAUGGGAUAAUUGUGAAGGUGAAAUACUGUGACACUUGCAUGCUCUAUCGACCUCCUCGUUGCUCUCAUUGCUCGAUCUGCAAUAACUGCGUUGAACGUUUCGACCAUCACUGCCCAUGGGUUGGACAAUGCAUUGGGCUUAGGAACUAUCGAUUCUUCUAUAUGUUUGUCUUCUCAACAACUUUACUCUGCCUCUAUGUCUUUGGAUUUUGUUGGGUGUACAUAGUAAAAAUCAGAAACGCGGAACAAAUUUCUAUCUGGAGAGCAAUGACCAAGACUUUAGCUUCCAUUGUUCUCAUAGUCUACACUUUUUUAUCUGUUUGGUUCGUGGGUGGCCUUUCAGUCUUCCACUUAUAUCUGAUGAGUACCAAUCAGACAACUUAUGAGAACUUCAGAUACCGUUAUGAUCGGAGAGCUAACCCAUAUGACAGAGGGGUGGUCAAGAAUUUUAAAGAGAUCUUUUUUACAAGCAUCCCUCCCUCGAAGAACAAAUUCCGGGCAAGGGUGCCACAAGAACAACGUUUUCAACCACGUUCUACAGGUGGAGGUUUCAUGAGUCCAAACAUGGGGAAAGCAGUGAGUGACAUUGAGAUGGGUAGGAAGCCUGUGACAUGGGAUGAAUUAAGGGCAAUCACACAGAUUGGUGAUCUGGAAGAAGGUCUACACAAUGCAAAUAUAGAGGAUGACAAGGUUCGUGAGCUUGGCGAAGCAUCCACAGAUUUAAGCAGAGAGGCAGUUUCAACAAGGAGCAUGGAAGUGCAAGCUGCAUUGCACGAUAGACGCUCAAGUUGGGGCAGAGGUGGGAGCUGGGAGAGAACAUACGAGCUUCAGCCUGUGGAAGCUGCAAGGGGGGAAACGAAUAGGAUGGCCAGUGGCAAUGGUAGCAGCAACAUUGCCACAGGAAACUAGUGAGGUAUUUGGACAGGGACACACACACUUGAGGUUUGGAAUCUUGUAGAUGUAGGAUGUGCAUUAUGAAAGGGCUGUUGUAUCUUCAUGUGAUUUGGUUUGUGAGCUACCCAGGGGGUUGCAUAAUUUGUAACUCUAGAUAACUGUUGUCUUGUAAUUUGGUUUGUGUUUUCCAGUCUUUUCUCUACCUCUGCUUCUCCUUUAACUUAUGCCGCAAUUGGUGUCCUCAUAAUUUGACAUUUAAAGACACUGGUCACGGACUGGACUCCUUUGUUUGGCAUGUAUAUACAUACCUGUAUUUGUGAUUUCAGAAGAGCUUGUAAUCAGUUGGUCCUGCCUCAGGUUUCA